CGGAAGUGUUUGCGUCUGCACCGGAAGCAGCGCUGCUCAAUGUGACCCGCGCUGGCUGAUUGCGCUGCGUUUUUAUUCUGUUUUGGAUAAUUUAAUAAAGUCUCCGAGAUGUUUUUGACCACAGUGAACUUUGCCAAGGCAAAAUCCAAGACCAUUCUGGUGCAGAUGUUGAGCGCCGCCGGUACAGGAUACACCUUCAACACGAAGAGGAACCGUCUCAAAGAUAAACUGGUGCUGCGUAAGCACGACCCGUUUGUGAACAAGCACGUGCUGUUUUUUGAGAAGAAGAAGAUCAAAUCAAUCUAACAGCAUAUGGACAAAACAGACUCUGAAGGUUU